AUGAAGUUACUGAAGUUCCACCUGAGGUACCAUCCCCCGGGCAUCAUUCUGGAGUAUUCUCAGAAGGGUGUCAUCAAGAACAAAGAUAUUGAUCUUUUGGACCUCAACUCCAAUUCGGACAUAAAAGAAAUAGCACUGAGACUCCACAAAAAGGAGGUUCUCAUAACUGAGGAGGUCCGCGAGCAGUUGGAGCAGUGUCUGGAGACGCUGAAGAAGAGGAUAGAGCAUGAAGGGCCAACAGGGAAGAGGUUUUACAUCUACAAGACUCUUAUGACUCAUGUGCUGCCGCUAACCAAUGUGGCCUUUGACAAAUCUGGAAGAAGAUGCCUCUCGGGCAGCUACGACAGGACCUGCAAGGUGUGGGACGUGGAGAGCGGCAACGAGAUGAAGACCCUCGCUGGCCACCAGAACGUGGUGUACUCCGUGGGGUUCAACUUCCCCGCUUGCAACCGUGUAGUUACUGGUUCCUUCGACAAAUCAGCCAAAGUCUGGGACCCCACGACUGGGGAAUGUCUCGCCACGCUGUGGGGUCACAAUGCGGAGGUGGUGGCCGUCCAGUUCAACGCUAAGAGUGACCUGGUCGCCACUGGGUCAAUGGACCACACGGCGAAGCUGUUUGACGCUAGGACUGGUCAAGAGAUCCAUAAUUACGAAGGUCACACGGCGGAGGUGAUAGCUCUGCAGUUUGACCCCAACGAGGGUCAGAGGCUGAUAACGGGCUCCUUCGACGGGACCAUAUCGAUGUGGGACACAAGGGUCAGCGAUCGUGUGUCUGUCUUUCGCGGUCACGAGGGCGAGAUCUCCAAUGUCCAGUUCAACUGGGACAGUUCUCUAGUCGGCUCCUCUUCUUUGGACGGCAGCGCUAAACUCUGGGACGCCAGACAGAGCUCCUGUCUUGCUACUGUCGCUGGACAUACUGAUGAGGUCCUGGAUAUCUGCUUUGACUGGGCUGGCCAGCGCAUGGCCACCUCCUCCAGUGACUGCUCGGCGAGGAUCUACGACGUCAGAUCAGACUUCAAAGAGCUGGCCGUCAUGAGAGGACAUCGCGAGGAAGUCUCUAAGGUGUGUUUCAGUCCAGCGGGCGGUUGCUUGCUGACCGCCUCGGCGGACAGGAGCGCCAGGGUCUGGAACACCACCACCGGGAACUGCAUCCAGGUGCUCUCCGGCCAUCAGGGGGAGAUCUUCUCCUGCGCGUACUCCUACGCAGGCGACGCCAUUGUGACGGCGUCCAAGGACAACACCUGUCGCAUUUGGAGGUGAUUGGAUUGGUGGCUCUAGCCAGUCACCGUCCAACCUGAUUUUAGAAGACAGUUUUUGAAAAUUUAAAAAUAGAAUGGAACAUUUUGUGUGUUGUUAGGGAUGUUGGUUGCCAGGAUUCAAAACGAUAUUAAUAUACUUACAUAUUGCUUUUUUAUUUAACCAAUGAUGAGUAUCAGUUAUUAUGUAUUCAUAAAAAGAGUCUUUAAAAGAAGAUUGGCGAAACUGGACCGCAUUUAUUUACAAAAGCGUGCCCGAACGAAAAUGUAUUAAAUAAAAAGAGUUUAAUUCGUAUUAUUUAUUACCACAAAAUCGUGAUUUAAAAAGUAGGGAUU